AUGAGCUCCUCGUUUAUUGUCCUAGCUAAAUGCAUUGUGUUCCUUUACCUAGUCAGGGGAAUCGCUACUAAAGUGGAAUAUACUAAUAUCAAUUGCACUUCAUUGGACAAAGAUUUUUGCGAUUUUGAGUAUUGCUUUCUAAAGUCGGUGAAUCGGAGCUACAAGUACAUGUCUCUGAAAGUUAAUUUGUUUAAGAUUCCCGUCACCAACGUGAAAGUAAACUUUUCUUUGCUCAAGCGAUUCAGUGGUUAUAAGCCGUUCCUCUACAACAUUACCGUGGAUGCCUGCAAAGUAUUAAGAUACCCAAAAUCAAACCCAGUGUUUGUUUGGUUUCAUGGUCUUUUUAGCAAGCACUCGAAUAUGAAUCAUACCUGUCCCUUCGAGCAUGAUCUUGUGGUGAAUAAGCUUUCAGGCAACUAUGUCAACACGCAAUUCUCUGAAGUUCUCCCAUUUCCCGAUGGGGAAUACCUCUUCCAAUCCAACUGGUAUGCAUACAACGUAAAUCGAGCUGUGGUCAACGUAUACAUCACACUUGCUUCCGAAUUUUUGAAAAAUUAAAGAAACAAGAAUAGAUUUAAUUUAUGGG